AUGGACUUUUUAAUUCAAGGCAUUCCCGUCAAUUUCCCGUAUAAACCAUACGGUUGCCAACUUUCCAUUAUGAAUCGAGUUGUGGAGGCAUUGGAGUCGCGAAGAAAUUGUUUGCUUGAAUCACCUACCGGUACUGGAAAAACUCUAUCGCUACUGUGUGCCUCCCUGGCUUGGGUAAACAAGAAACUCGUCGAUAAGGAGACGAUUGAAGUUGAUGUUGGGAUCACCGUACUAACACUGAUGGCUCUACCACAGACGAGAAGCUCUGGUGUUUGUGAGUUCGACCUGCCGCGAAAGAAGUCCGAUCUAGUACGCACGAUUAACAAACUGGACGCGGGUGGGCCGUGGGAUAUCGAAGAUCUUGUUACCGCCCUGACACCUGUUCCUAGUUGUCCUUAUUAUUGUUCACGUAAACUGGCCAAAACCGCGGACAUCAUAUUUUGUCCGUACAACUAUUUGCUUGAUCCGAUUAAUCGGUCAGCGACCACAAUUGAACUCAGCGGACAUAUUGUGAUUUUGGAUGAGGCACACAACAUCGAAGAUGCUUCUCGUGAGUCUGCUUCGUUCAAAAUUACGGACUAUCAGUUGAUGAAAACCAAAGAAGACUUGGAGAAUUUGGUCAAACAAAAUGUAGAGAAUGAGUCUUGUGAACAGCUAAUCUCAAUGAUCGCGGCAAUGCUUCGUGUGAUGCAGUUGACACGAUCUCGGCUGGUUCAUGUUGGUGAAUCUGCCCAGCCGACUCAGGUUUGGACCGGGACAGAAAUUUCAGGACUGAUGGGUACCGUGGGUCUCGGUCCGGAGCAAGUUCUUGUGGUUGAACGUGCCUAUCGGAAACUGUCCACGGUGAUGAACGAGAAUUCAUCUGAGGCAACCAAUUCGCGUGAGAACUCCAAUGCGAAACCCAAAUUGGCUACCAGUAGUUUGCAUUUGAUGCAGGCUUUGUUCGUUGUAUUGGGUUAUAUGUUUCGAAUUUUGCUUAUCGUGGCCACCGAGGAUGGAUGGCACGAAUAA